CUUUAUCGCCGGCCGUAGAUUAACAGCAGUACAAAUUGAGCGCAGUGACGUAGUGGAGGUGUGUGCUGCAUGUGGUUAGACGCAACGUAAAACAACAGCUUGAAUCAUAAUUUUUGUGUAGAUUUUUCCGACGCGACAUUACUGAGCGAUGAUUGAACAGGGUGGAGGUGAUGCAGGACCACUCAUUGGGGUGAUUGAUGCUGGAACGAGGACUGUUAAAUUCUGCGUUUUCGCCAGUCAACACACAAAAGAAAUUGCGGAGCAUGCUAUCGAUGUGAAAAGGAUAACGCCUAGGGAGGGCUGGUCAGAACAGGACCCACUGGAGAUUUUGAAAGCAAUCAGGGAAUGCAUUGAAAGGGUGCUAGAAAUUUUGGGUCCCAGAGCCAGCAGUAUUGUAACAAUAGGCAUAACAAAUCAGCGAGAAACGACAAUAGUAUGGGACAAGGUGUCCGGCCAACCACUGUACAACGCAAUCGUGUGGAACGACAUAAGAACAGACUCGACAGUAGAUAUAAUCAUUGGCAGGACGCCUGAACACAACAAGAAUUAUUAUAAACCCAUUUGCGGGCUUCCAAUUUCACCGUACUUUAGCGCCUUCAAACUGAAAUGGCUGUUGCACCAUUCCUCGGAUGUCAAGAAAGCUGUCAAGAGCAAAAAGUGCCUUUUCGGAACUGUAGAUACCUGGAUACUGUGGAAUUUAACGGGUGGUCCAAAUGGUGGCGUUCACCUGACGGACGUUACGAACGCUUCAAGAACAUUCCUGAUGAACUUGGACACGUUAAACUGGGACCCCCUGUUGCUGCACACCUUCAAAAUUCCGCCCGAACUGCUGCCAGAAAUCCGAAGUAGCUCGGAAAUCUAUGGCAAAAUCGCUCAGGGUUACCCGCUCGCGGGACUGCCAAUCUCAGGUAUUUUAGGUAACCAACAGUCGGCCCUCGUUGGUCAGAGUUGUUUCAAAGAGGGUCAGGCCAAAAAUACUUAUAGGAGCGGCUGUUUUCUGUUGUACAACACCGGAAACACCAGAGUGCAAUCUACGCACGGUCUAGUCACCACUGUUGCCUAUAAAUUCGGCAGCGAACCACCAGUAUAUGCCUUAGAAGGUAGUGUUGCUGUAGCUGGGGCGGCAAUGAAUUGGCUGAGGGACAAUAUGGGUUUUAUUAAAGACGUACAAAAAGAUACAGAGUCGCUGGCUCAGGAAGUUUUCAACACUGGGGACGUUUACUUUGUUCCCGCUUUUAAGGGUUUAUACGCUCCUUAUUGGAGAAAAGACGCUAGAGGAAUUAUUUGCGGCCUUACGGCGUUCUCAACCAAACAGCACAUAGUUAGAGCAGCACUCGAAGCAGUUUGUUUCCAAACAAGAGAUAUUCUGGAAGCUAUGGACAAGGAUUGUGGUUUUCCGUUGACUAAACUACACGUGGAUGGGAUUAUGACGACAAACAACUUGUUGAUGCAAUUACAAGCGGACAUUAGUGGUAUUCCAGUGAUAAGGGCUCAAUCACAAGACAUAAGUGCCUUGGGCACGGCAAUGGCGGCAGGCUCAGCCAAAGGAGUCGAAGUUUGGGACGUGAACGCGGAAGAAAGAGAGGUCGUACCAAGUGACACAUUCCUGCCAACUUCUACCGAAGACGAACGCGACGCGAGGUACACCAAGUGGAAGAUGGCCGUGCAAAGGUCCCUUGGAUGGGCACUGCCGAAGAAGUCGGCAGUAAUGACGGAGGAGAGGUACAAAAUGUUGGCGAGCGUGCCGGCGGGUAUAUAUUUGAUUACUAGUUUCGGACUCAUCGCAUGGGCGUCGUAUUUAACACCAGAUGCUGGACUUAAAGCCUAAAAUACUAAUAAAUACUCCAAAAAAUAAAAAAACACCACAUGAAAUUAUUUUCAAACGUACUGAUUUUGUAAAUUUGAAACUUGGUAAUUCCAAUUUUUUUUUAUUUAGUCAUUUAUAAUUUAAGAUUUAAAGUAUUUGUUAUCAUGACAGUUUUUAGUCUUAAAGAAUAUAUAUAUUUUCUUUAAAGUCGUAGUACCUUUAAAUUUGUUAUUGUACUUAAUUGUUUUAUUUGGUUGUUAUGUUUUGUGGAUAUUAUACAUUUGAAUAAAAGUUGUUUAUAAUUGG